CCUCCGAAUGCCACGCCCACCAUAUUUUGACAGCAGCCGAAGUCCCCACGUGACUCAGACGAGAUGGCGGCGCCCUGUGGAAGGUUACUGUCCGCGCGGGUUUUCCGCUCUGCAGCGGCUCUGAUUCCCCGUUCCGUCAUCCGGAGCACUGCUGCCCGUGCAACCUGCGCUGUUCCAAAGCUUUCUUUCAGUACCAGUAACUCGUGCCUCUUCCCAGCGGUCACCCAGCAUGCACCACAGUUUAAAGGCACAGCUGUAGUCAAUGGGGAGUUCAAGGAAUUGACCCUGGAUGACUUCAAGGGGAAAUAUCUGGUGCUCUUCUUCUACCCCUUAGACUUCACCUUCGUCUGUCCCACUGAGAUUGUGGCUUUUAGCGACAAAGCGAAUGAGUUCCGCGAUGUGAACUGUGCAGUUGUUGCUGUGUCUGUGGACUCUCACUUCAGCCACCUCGCCUGGACUAACACCCCCAGGAAGAACGGAGGAUUGGGGAAAAUGAAUAUUCCGCUACUGUCCGAUCUCACAAAACAGAUUUCCCGUGAUUAUGGCGUUCUGCUGGAGAGCCCUGGAAUCGCCCUGAGGGGGCUCUUUAUCAUUGAUCCCAACGGAGUUGUGCGGCACAUGAGUGUGAACGACCUGCCUGUCGGAAGAAGCGUGGAGGAGACCCUGCGGCUGGUGAAAGCCUUCCAGUACGUGGAGACCCACGGGGAGGUCUGUCCGGCAAACUGGACGCCUGACUCCCCUACGAUUAAGCCCAGCCCGGAAGGCUCCAAGGAUUACUUUGAGAAAGUGAACUGAGCUCCUGCUGAUUGUGAUUCAUCCUGCCGGUUACACACAGACCCCUCUACAGCUGGCUAGUCCUGUGAGAGACCCUGAUGCUUCAUGUCCUCUUCUCAUGUCAUCGCUAUGUGUGCAGAUGGAGAAUUAGGGAAAGCAAUAAACAGACCAUGAAAGUGGAA